CUUCCCUAAGCCCUGAACCCUAACCCUGACUUUACCCCCUACCCUUACCCUCAUCUUGACCAUAACCCUUACCUAACUCUAAACUUAACCUUAACCCCUAACCGUUUUAAAUUUAAACUUAAAUUGGGUGACGUCAGAGUUCAGAGUCCUCACAAGGAUCCCGUUUAGACAUCUUAGUUUUUUAGUAUCUCCCUUUGAGUUUACGAGAUCUCCCCCCGAAUCCUGAGCGAGGCAGUCACCGAAACGAGAGGCGAUACCCUCCUGCACAACAUGGCUACAAUUGUAACCUCGACCAGAUUUACAGACGAAUAUCAGCUGUACGAGGAGCUCGGAAAAGGCGCCUUCUCCGUUGUCCGGCGAUGCGUUAAAAAGUCCAACGGCCAGGAAUUUGCUGCUAAAAUUAUCAACACGAAAAAACUCUCAGCAAGAGAUCAUCAAAAACUGGAACGAGAGGCCCGCAUCUGUCGCCUGCUCAAACAUCCCAACAUAGUACGACUACACGAAAGUAUCUCAGAGGAAGGCUUCCAUUACCUUGUCUUUGACCUUGUCACCGGUGGAGAGCUGUUUGAAGACAUUGUUGCCAGAGAGUAUUACAGUGAGGCCGAUGCCAGCCAGUGUAUCAAUCAGAUCCUGGAGAGUGUCCACCACAUGCACCAGCAUGACAUUGUGCACAGGGACCUCAAGCCAGAAAACCUGCUCCUGGCCAGUAAGCUGAAGGGAGCUGCAGUGAAGUUGGCUGACUUUGGGCUGGCCAUCGACGUGCAGGGAGACGAGCAAGCAUGGUUCGGUUUUGCAGGCACUCCAGGCUACCUCUCUCCAGAGGUCUUGAGGAAGGACCCCUACGGCAAGCCGGUGGAUAUCUGGGCCUGUGGUGUGGUCCUGUACAUUCUCCUGGUGGGCUACCCUCCCUUCUGGGAUGAAGAUCAGCACAAGCUCUAUCAGCAGAUCAAGGCUGGGGCCUACGAUUUCCCCUCCCCAGAGUGGGACACAGUGACCCCCGAAGCCAAGAACCUGAUCAACCAGAUGUUGACCAUCAACCCUGCCAAGAGGAUCACUGCUGACCAGGCUCUCAAGCACCCAUGGAUCUGCCAACGUUCCACAGUGGCUUCCAUGAUGCACCGCCAAGAGACUGUGGAGUGCCUGCGCAAGUUCAACGCCAGGAGAAAACUCAAGGGAGCCAUCCUCACCACCAUGCUGGUGACCAGAAACUUCUCAGUGGGCCGACAGCACACCAGCCCUGCGGCCACCACCAGCACAGCUGCUCUUGCUUCAGAAGCAUGCAAAAGUUUACUCAACAAGAAGUCGGAUGGUGGAGUGAAGCCGCAGACAAACAACAGUAAAAACAGUGUAGUGAGCAGUACCAGCAGCACCAAAGACAGCAGCAUAUCAUCUUCAGCACCAAUGGAACCACAGACCACUGUCGUGCACAACCCAGCUGACGGCACCAAGGGCUCUACAGAGAGCUGUAACAUCACAGAAGAGGAGGAUGUGAAAGGUAGGAAAGUGUCUGCGUGCGGGUCUAGCGUGGACAGUGCAAUGGUCAGCCAGUGCAGUGCCAGUGAGGAACAGACCCAGGCUCAGCCCCCUCACUGCCCACCCGCCUCUGCCCCACUGCAUGACGAUGCUAAACACACUUUUGCUAAUUGGAAAAGUUCAGGUCAUAGCUCCUGUCCUGACUUAGAGCAAGCUCUGCCUGCGCCACCCUCCGUGGCCCCAGGGGGCAGCAACGUGCAGCUGACUCGCAAACAGGAGAUCAUCAAGAUUACUGAGCAGUUGAUUGAGGCCAUCAACAACGGAGACUUCGAGGCUUACACGAGAAUCUGUGACCCCGGACUAACCUCGUUUGAACCUGAGGCUUUGGGAAACCUGGUGGAGGGCAUGGACUUCCACAAGUUCUACUUUGAGAACUUGUUGAGUAAGAACAGUAAGCCGGUCCACACCACCAUCCUGAACCCCCAUGUGCACCUGAUCGGGGAGGACGCGGCCUGCAUCGCCUACAUCCGCCUGACCCAGUACAUCGACAGCCAGGGGCGCCCGCGCUCCUGCCAGUCAGAGGAGACCCGCGUGUGGCACCGCCGCGAUGCCAAGUGGCUCAACGUGCAUUUCCACUGUUCAGGAGCGCCUGCCGCACCUCUCCAGUGAACCUUUAUCAGACACAGCUUUGCCUGAAUUCUGAAACCGAUUGGAGCAUUUUCUCAGUGGUCGGAUUGGCGCCAAGAGCCCUGCCAGAAGAGAACGCUUGGAAGUUUAAAAUCUAAGGGGAAAAUAUAACAAAAUAAAAUAUUUUAAAGCCGACCAACUGACAACACCACCACCACCAAUCCAGUCCAACCCUAGCUAUAUGUUGGGGGCCGGCUGUAGCUGAAGCCCUGCCCUCCGGACGGUGCAUGCUUCUGACGCCCACAGGGGGGCGCUGUCUUGUCCUUUUCCAUGGAUCCAUAUUUUUUUGCAGUUUUGAAAGGUGUUUAAAGUAUUAACAUAUGUAAAAUAAAUUAUCAAAAAACCUUCACAUUUAAUCAGCAGGUAUGGUAGUAAUGAUUAAAGAAAAUAAAUGUGAAUUUUCUAUAAAAAAAAAUAGAAAAAGGAGAACACCCUAAUUUUUGUGGUGGUUGUUUUUUUGUUUUGUUUGUUUCACAGUUAACAUAUCUAAUUAUUUCUGUUGUUGGAUGCAAACAAAUGCUAGAAGGGAACAUUUCUGAAAAACAAAAAGCUUGAUUCAAUCCGUAUCGCAGGUUCAGCGCUAUGGCGCGAUUGAAAUUUAAAGGUCAUUUUUAUGUUUGAGCUGACCGAUGCAGCGUUUGCUGUGAAUGCAGUCUCCACGAACGUGAGCACAUUGCCUCUAAAUUUCAAACGCGUUAUAGUGCUGAACUUCCGCGAUACGAAUUGAACCAAGCUCUAAAUGGUUACUUACAGUAAUAUCAACAUUUUAGACAUUGUUUUAAUGUAGAUGUUAUCUUUUUAUGGGUCGGGUGCAUUGCAGAAGGGACUCUGUUUUUUAGUAUUCUGAUGUGUUAUUGUGGACCUCUUCAUUUUUAUCCCCUGAAUGAUGCUGUAUUUGAAAGUAUUUUGUGUGUGAAGAUUUUUUUUAUGGGGACUUUAUUUAAUAUAGUAAUGUAUACAUUCAUAUUUAUAAGGAGAAAGACUUUACUUUCAGGGUUUGGAUGAGUGUGUGAGAGUGAAGAUGUGUUCUCAUGUCCCUAUAGCUCCCUUUUCAAGCUCGUUUGCGCUUUGAGAUCCCCAGUGUAUAUGCACACAUGCAUGCUCACACAAGGCCCAAAAUCCAGCUCACUGUGCUGUGCCCUUUGGCUAUGUAGACCAGCCAGCUCCUCCAGCAACAGGCCACAUUCUCCUGACCAGCACAACCUGAAGUUGCAGAACACUACUAUUGGUUCAGUGUGCCGAGUUUGCCUUCUUCCUUGGGCCACUAGAGGGCACAUGGCACAAUCAAGCCUACUGCUACUAUUCUGACGGAGACCCCAAACCACAAACUCUGAAAGCUCGUACACCUCUCCUUCCUAUUGUUUUCUACUCUGACUUUAACAUGUUUGAUAAAACAUUUUUGGGGGGGAAAUAUGGAAAAAUGUAAUAAAAUCUAAAAUGGCCGGUACUGUUUGGCACAAA